AUGGCGAAUCAAGAUAUGUCUUGCCCUCAAAGUGCUCGAAAGAAGCGUGCGAGAACGGGCUGCCUGAGAUGCCGAACCCGGCGACGCAAAUGUGACGAACAUAAGCCUCGCUGUCAACGUUGUCUCGACGCAAACGCAGAGUGCGUCUAUGGCCCAAGGCUUUCAUUCUUACAGAAGAAUGCUAUUACUGCUCCUGAUAUCAGGAAUCCUCCUCUAGAUGGAAAAUACAAUGAUGCUAGGAACUAUUCUAAAAUUCAGUUUAUGGACGGCGAUCAUGUCCGACAGAAAGAUGCCAGUACCAGCAAAAAGUCUCAAUAUUUAAUUCCUUCUCCUCUUUCUCCCGAAGGAGAAAAUACUUUUAUAUGUGAUAGUCUAUCUCUAAGAAGUGAUCUAGAACCGAUUAUUACUAGUACUCAUAUUAAUGAACUGUCAAGUUUUGGUUCAGGUUCUGACAACACAUAUCGCGGAGAUGAUACGACUGUCGCGAAAACUCGGGAUUCACAGAUUCCCGAUGAUCUGUCGCUUCAUCAUCAUGAAGAUACUCGGGCUCGAAAUAUGGUGAGGCAAGGCGAUAGUUUCGAGGUUGCGCUAGAUGUUCUGAUGACUCUUGGUGUCGGAGACCAAAGGGUGGAUACACCUGCUCAUGUUACCCCUAACACAGGAAAUUUGGAAGAAGAUAAUGUAUUAUUACCAAUAUCAACACUGGACACCCUGGGCGGCACCGGCCCAUUGAGCCACCGCGUGACAAGUCAGCUCUCCACGGGCCGGUCAAUUGAGCUUCUGAGGCACUACAGAUAUAAGAUUGCACCAUGGCUAGAUAUAUGUGACCCAAAGCAGACCUUUGGUCUCGUCGUUCCACUUCUUGCUAUGAGAUCGGACUUGUCAUUUGAUGCACUCUUGGAACUUUGCCGCGCUUCAUAUAAUAUCCAUCAUUAUCAUAUGGGUUCUACGGGAAGUCCGAUGGCAACGAAUACAAACCAUCUCACAUAUUCAAUGGAAAGUUGCUUCGAGCAAUCUAAGCCGUGGGAGGUUAAACUUUGGUCAAUUUUGGCGGCUACGGAGAAAUUUCUUACUUACCCCCCUGAAGAAUGGGAAGAUGCACUGAGAAAAGAUGACAUUCUACCAAAGAUCUAUGUUCAUAUUCAUGAAAGCAGUCCGUCAAAUGACUUGAGCGUGCAUAUGCUAUGGCUGCUUGCCAGAUUAGGUACUGCCGCUGCUUUACUAAAAGAAUCCAGCCCGUUUCUCCAUAGUAACAUUCUCAGCUCCUUACUGCAAAGUUCCUCUCAAAGAAGAUCUAAUAUGGGACACAUCGAAUGUUAUGCGCAUGAAACUCUUGCUCUAUGCGCUGAGGUGCUCGAGUUCUCUUUUGGAGGCCAGGAUGCGGCCAGUAAUUUCGACGCCGAACCUCCCAAGCCUCGAGCAGUUCGCUGGAAUUCCAUCGUUAACAAGCUCAAUGAUUGGUAUUCAAAUAGGCCACCGGAUUUCAAUUCAGUUAUUGAGCUUAAUGACAGAAAAAAUCCAUUUCCAAUCAUAUAUUUCACCAACGGCUCGGCAGUCUUCGCCAAUCAGCUAUAUCAUACUGCCAUGAUGUUGAUACUGGCACACAAGCCAAAGACAGUGCAGCUUGAGCAACGGAGGACACCACCUUUGUCACAGCUAUGGCAUGCCCACAGGAUAUGCAGUAUUGCCAUUAAUAACAAUCGAUGCGAAUGCUGGGACCCAUGCCUCUUAGCUUCGUUCUAUGCGGCCGCUCGGCAGAUGACUCACGAGUCUCAGCAUAGAGAAAUACUGCAUGGAUUUGAGCAUAUUGGCGCCCUUGGCUGGCCUGUUGAUAGAUUCUUGGAUCAGCUAAAGCAAGAGUGGAACACUUCAGAACCUCCCGCAAUAUGUUGA